AUGAAAGAUCAAAGAGAGGUGCAUCCGGCAAUUAUGCAAGCCAUCGUGAAGUUGGUACAAGUCCUGCAGUCAGAGCUCCGUGCAGCACUCGAGGCACGUGACCGGGCGAAGCUCUCAGCAGGCUUAGAGAUGCUUCGUUAUGCCAAGGUGGCACAACUCCCGGAAGAAGAAGCUGCAACCAGGAGCGUUCCGGAGGCGAUUCAGUUGGGUCGCCCCACAUGA